AUGACAUCCGCCAUCAAAAGCAUCGGCGUCGUUGGAGCCGGAAAUAUGGGCUCUAUGAUGACCCUCCGCUUCGCUGAGCUUGGCCUCCAAGUCUCUGUCUGGGAUAAAGAAAAGAAGAACGUGGACGAAGUGGUGAAUUACGCAAAGCAGGACGACGCGAUCACAGGCCGAGUUCAAGGCUUCUAUGACAUCAACCAAUUCACGAAGAGCUUAGAGGGCACGUCGGAGCGGAAGCUCUUCAUGUUUUCCAUCACACACGGUCACCCCGCCGACGAAGUACUCCGCAUGAUUAAACCCGACCUGAAAGAGGGCGAUAUCGUCCUCGACGGCGGAAAUGAGAACUACAAGAACACCGAGCGGCGCCAGAAAGAAUGUGAAGCCAUCGGCGUCUCCUGGAUCGGAAUGGGCGUUUCGGGUGGGUAUCAGUCUGCGCGGCGGGGACCCAGUCUCUCUCCUGGUGGAGAUGCCAAAGCCCUCGAGCUUGUUAUGCCCUUCUUGGAGUCGUAUGCGGCUCAUGAUCCCAAGUCUGGAGCUCCAUGCGUGAAGCGAAUGGGUCCUGGUGGAUCAGGACACUACAUCAAGAUGGUUCAUAAUGGCAUCGAAGGUGGAAUGCUUUCUUCACUUGCUGAAACAUGGCAAUACAUGCAUGAGGGAUUGGCCAUGGAGCAUGGCAAAAUCGGAGAUGUCUUCAAUAAAUGGACUCAGUCUGGCGAGCUGCGUGGCAACUUCCUGGUAAACAUCGGUGCCGACAUGCUACACAAAAAGAGAACUCCCCACGGCGACCGCAAAGGCGAGGGAGCCAGCCGGGAUAAUGGAUAUGUGCUCGAUGACGUACUUGACAAGGUGGUUCAAGACGACGAUAACACUGAAGGCACUCCAUACUGGUGUCUCAUGGAGUCUGCCUCCCGGCAUGUCUCUUGUCCGACAUUGGCGGCCGCUCAUUACUUGCGAGUCGCAAGUGGAAACCGCAUAGAGCGAGCACGUGCUGCGAAGAAGCUGGAAAUGCCCAUGCCGAAACCGAUCGAGGGAACCCGGGACCACGCAGUGAUCAUCGAGAACCUCCGACAAGCUGUGUUCUGCUCGUUCCUGGCAUCUUUCUGUCAGGGCCUGGAGCUAAUCUCCAGGGCCUCGAAAGACGAAGGCUGGAAUGUCAACUUGGGCGACUGUCUGCAGAUUUGGCGGGCGGGAUGUAUCAUCAAGUCCGAUUACAUUGCAGAUCUACUGCAGCCGCCGCUUGCAGCAAACAAUGAGCUGACGAACGCCAAGUUUGUAGAUGCGGUCUCGCAUGAGUUGCGCCAGAACUUCCACAGUCUCAAGCAGAUCGUCAUGGAGGGGACCAUGUUCGAUCAAUAUAUUCCGGCUCUCUCGGCUACCCUGGAAUAUCUGAAGUAUGAGGGUGGAUUGGGAUUGCCGACCCAGUUCAUGGAGGCCCAGAUGGACUAUUUCGGUUCACACAACUAUAACAAGCCUGGUAUUCCAGGUGAGGAUCCAGGACCAGUUCACAAGGGCCCUCAUCAUUAUGAGUGGUUGCCGGCUUAG